AAUUAUUUGCAAGAUGGCUGGUAGAGACAACAGAAUCACCGCUCCCGAAUUGGAGCAGUUCAUAGUCGCUACAGUUCAGUUGACUGGACGUGUACUAGGAGCAGGUGCUUAUGGCAGCGUGGAGGAGGUGGAGAUACCUGGAGCAACGGUAGCUGCCAAAAAAAUGCAUCAACAGCUUGUCAACCUGGGCUCUCCACAGCAGGUUAAGAAGUGGGUGACUGAUUUUGUGGAGGAGUGUAAGCUGAUGAGCCAGCUCCGUCACCCUCAUAUAGUACAGUUCCUAGGGGUGUGCUAUCUGCCUGGAUCGCAACUCCCCGUCUUACUAAUGGAGAAGCUACAAACUAGCCUCGAUAGUCUUCUAGAAACGAGCCUCAACAUCUCUAUUGACCUCAAAGUGCACCUUCUGACGGGGACUGGCCGAGGGGUGGUCUAUCUGCACAGCUGCACUCCACCCAUUGCCCAUCGUGAUCUGUCUGCCAAGAACAUUCUAGUCGAUAACGGUCUCAAUGCCAAGAUAGCAGACUUGGGUGUUUCAAGAAUUGUAAACAUUCAGCCUGGCCGGCUAGCUGCCUCGAUGACUCAAAUGCCAGGCACUGGUGUGUACAUGCCACCAGAGGCAGCUCAAGAGGAAGGAGUUACACAAUACAACACUGCCAUAGACAUCUUCUCCUUUGGUGUAGUAUCUCUGUUCACACUGACGCAAACCUUUCCAAGAAAUCUCAAACCUGCCAGUUAUCGGGACUCUGUCACUCGCCUGGUCUUAGGACGAACAGAAGUUGAACGUCGUGAAGAUUAUAUACAGCCAAUGAUAGCAGAUCUUGGUGAGAACCAUCCCCUUGUCCAGUUGACCCUCAAUUGUCUGGAGUAUGAUCAAGAAGAUCGACCAUCUGCUGUGGUGGUGUUGACACAAUUGGAGAAGGUUGGAACAACACUCUCUCAGAACUGCACCCAGACCAAGCUGGAACUGAUUCAAAAAGUUGCUGCGAAGGAUGAAAGGAUAAAAGAUGCUGAAAGAGUUGCCAAUGAGAAGCAAGCUCAAAUUGCAGCACUGGAAAAAUUGCACUUUGAGGAAAUCAAACAAAGAGAUGCAGGAAUUUAUCCAUUUCAGAGUGAAAUGUUCAAAGUAUCAGGCCAAGUUAACCAACUAUUACACCAAAUCUCUGUGAAAGAUACUCAAAGUAUUCGAUUGCAAUCAGUUAUCAAUGAGAAACAAGAGCAAGUCCGUGGACUGGAAGAGCUGACUACUCUCCAACGAGAGCAGUUGGAAGUUCAACACAGAGAAAUUGCUGAUCUCUCCAAUGCCGUGAAGUCUCUACGGAUACAGCAUCAGGAGGACCAACCUCAGGGCUCAGAGCAGAAAGAGGUGACUGCAUUAAAUGCAGCUACAUAUCGGGAGAAGACAAUCACAGACAAAGUUCUAAAACCAUUCAAGAAUGUUACGAGCGCUGGAAUUGAAGUGCUACCACACAAGUCGACCACAUCCGUUCCAACCAGCAUCACAUUCGACUGGAAAAAAUGGAAAAUACCACGGGGGAUGGACGUGACAGAUCUACCUGUGGCUAUGAAUGAGAAACUGUACAUGAGCGGCUGGGGUAGCUGUCCUGAGACGGUGCUAGUGUACACACCAGAACAGGAUAAUUGGGGUGAACUGCCACCUCCUCCAGUACGCGGCUUCACCGUAGCAACACUGGGAGGUCAACUGCUAGUGGUUGGCGGUAGAGAUGAUUCUACUAAUGGCAAAUACACAAAUACCAUCCUAACAAUCGAUGAGCGCUCUCGACAAUGGGUUCAGACACUUCCCCCCAUGCCAACUGCAUUUCCCAAUCCACGCGUACUAGCAUAUCAGGAGCAUUUGAUCGUUGUUAGUGGGGAAAGCGGUCACAAGCAUUUAAAAGUAACCAUUUACAAUCAAGUAAUGUGGAUUAAGGUUGAACAGCCGAAAUUGUCAGGUUUAAGAAGUCCAGUGCUUAUUGAAGAUACACUGUAUUUAAUUGGAGAUGACAAUUUCAGUACCGCAUUAAUAUUGCGAGCGCAUGUGCCCACUCUCAUAUCUGGAGCCAAAACUGGAAUAUGGGAAGAUUUUCGUAAAACUCUUUACAAGUCGAGCCUGGUUGCUAUUGACAACACCCUGAUGGCUGUAGGGGGGGUCGAUAAUGAUAUUGAACCUGAACUAAGACGUGAAAGAUACGAUAUACGUAAUCUUAACAGCCGUGCCAUAGUCGGUCGCCUCCCUAAGCCAAUGAAGCAUUGUAAGUGCGCAGUAGUCUCUGGAAAACUGUUCCUAAUUGACGACCUCAGUGAAGUUUAUGUCAGUUGCUGAAAAAACUUGUAUAGAAAGUAGUUUUCUUGUUUUUAUACGUCUAUUCAUUUGCUUGUGAUAUAUAUACACA